AUGUUGGAGUGUGGCAUGCUGGAGAGGGACAGACGAACUCUGCGGAAGCGAUCUGCUGCUUUGGUUAAGCAGCUGGUGGUGGAUGAGUUACUGGUGCAAUUUCUGCUGGAGGACAACAUCCUCACGGACAGCAUGGCUGAAGGCAUUCUGGCUGAGCAAACGUCCCAUAAGCGAAGCUGGCGUCUGCUGUUUCUCCUUCCCAAGCGAGGUCCUCGAGCCUUCAGCAGCUUCUGCUCAGCACUGAGAGAAACCGAGCAGCGGCACCUGUGCGAGCUGCUCUCACAGUCGCAGGACACUCAAAUGUAUAAUGACUCCUCUCGACCACUUUCCACGGAAGAAGAAAUUGCAGCCAAACGAGCAAGGACACAUGAGUCUAUGGAGUACAGCCUGGAUGCAGACAGUCCAAUCGCCUCUCCCAUUCUUCCUUGCACACAUGACCUCUACCUCUCUCAAUGCCUAAAGUCCUAUACAAUGACUUCUUCCCCACGUGGUUUUGCCCUGGUCAUCAGCAAUGUGAAGUUUGACCCACACGCCGCGCCUGACCUCGACAUCAGGAACGGAGGCGAGGUAGAUGAAAAGGUGCUCAGGAAACUUUUCACAGACCUAGACUACGUGGUGACGGACCACAGGAACCUGACAGCCGAGCAAAUGAGAAGUUGCAUCGACACCUUCCGCAGGCGUCCAGAACACAGGAAUGUGGACAGCAGCGUGGUUUGUCUGCUCUCACACGGCGUGGAUGGAGCCGUGUACGGCACAGAUGGCCAACUCCUGCAGCUGGAGUCAGUGUUUGAGGCUUUCGAUAAUGUGCGCUGCCCCCUGCUACAGAACAAACCAAAGAUGUUUUUUGUGCAGGCCUGCAGAGGAGUGGAGAUGGACUGCGGAGUGGAGCAGGUGGAUGGGCCAGGUAGGAUCAGCUCACCCAGCUGUGAACAGCGGGAUGCUGGGCGAGAAGGUCCCGGGGACGCCGGUGCCAGACAGGGAGGACGCCAAGAACUGGCCAGGAUUAAGCUGCCCCAGCGGUCUGACAUGAUCUGUGGCUUUGCCUCUCUCAAAGGCACGGCAGCCAUGCGCAACACCAAGCGAGGAUCCUGGUUUAUCCAGGAGCUCGACUCGGCCUUCCGCCGCCAUGCCAGAGACACACACGUGGCAGAUAUCCUAGUGCAGAUCAACGGGCGGAUCAAAGAGCGUGAGGGUUACGCCCCUGGCACACCUUACCAUCGCUGCAAAGAGAUGUCCGAGUUCACCAGCUCGCUAUGCAAAGAUCUCUUCCUUUUCCCAAAAUAUCAGCCCCACUCAUAA